AAUAGUUAAGGAUGCUUUACUAAAGUAUAGAAAUAAGAGAAUAAUCAUACAAGAUGGGGUUCACAGAUAAACAAGAAGCUUUGGUGAGAGAUUCAUGGGAAUUCAUGAAGCAAGACAUUCCUCAACUUAGUCUUCGUUUCUUCUCAUUGAUCCUGGAGAUAGCACCAGUAGCAAAGAACAUGUUCUCAUUCUUGAAGGACUCUGAUGAACUUCCUGAGAAUAAUCCCAAGCUUAGAGCUCAUGCUGUUAAGGUUUUCAAGAUGACAUGUGAAUCAGCAAUUCAGCUUCGAGAAAAGGGAGAAGUGGUGGUAGGUGAGACUACUCUCAAGUACUUGGGAUCCAUCCAUCUUCAGAAACGAGUUGCUGACCCUCAUUUUGAGGUAGUAAAAGAAGCAUUGUUGAGAACAGUGAAAGAAGCAACGGGAAAUAAAUGGAAGGAUGAGAUGAAAGAAGCAUGGAGUGAAGCAUAUGACCAAUUAGCUUCUGCCAUCAAAGCCGAGAUGCACGCUGAGGCUGCUGCCUAAUUGUCUUUUAUUAAUGUGUGUCAUGCUGCCUAUCCCUAUAUUCCCUUAUUUCCAUUCCCUAAAUCAACUGGAAGUGUGUGUUUGAUGAAAAUGGAACAUAUAAUUUAUAAUGAAAAUAAAAUUGGGAUUUAGAUAUUGACUUCACAAGAUACAAAGUAAUUAAAA